AUGUCCACCAUUCAACAGCUCAAGAAUUUUAUCCGGCACGGCAAGCAGGCUCGCGCCGGAAACCCUGACGAGUCGCCGCGUAAGAAUGAGGCCUCUCAACCUGCGCCUGCCCAGCACAAGAAUGAGAGCGACCCCGGCCAUGGACAUUCGAGCGAACGAGAACCCAUCGACGACUACGCAAACGACGAGUACUCAAGCAAGAAGAAGCGCUACGAUGAUGAGAAGCUCGCCAAGCUCGUCGCCGAGGAGAACGCCAGUAAGAGCAAGUUCCCUCGCUACCCUGGCCUCGAGCGCUGGGAGCUCGUCGACAAGAUGGGCGACGGCGCCUUCAGCAACGUCUACCGUGCCCGCGACACCACGGGCGAGAGAGGCGAAGUCGCCAUCAAGGUCGUACGCAAGUACGAGAUGAACAGCAUGCAGCGAUCCAACAUUCUUAAGGAGGUGCAAAUUAUGCGCCAACUUGACCACCCCAACAUUAUCAAGCUUGUCGAGUUCUCCGAGUCACGGCAGUACUACUACAUUGUUCUUGAGCUUGCCCCUGGAGGCGAGCUCUUCCACCAGAUUGUUCGCUUGACAUACUUUAGUGAAGAACUCUCCCGACACGUCAUUGUCCAAGUCGCCAAGGCCCUCGAGUAUCUCCACGAGGAGAAGGGUGUCGUUCAUCGUGACAUCAAGCCUGAGAAUAUCCUGUUCAACCCCAUUCCUUUUGUGCCGUCCAAGCACCCUAAGCCCAAGCAGCCCGGCGAUGAGGACAAGGUCGAUGAGGGCGAGUUUGUCCACGGUCAGGGCGCGGGUGGCAUCGGCCAGAUCAAGAUUGCCGACUUUGGUCUUUCCAAGAUUGUCUGGGAUAACCAGACCAUGACGCCUUGUGGAACAGUUGGCUACACGGCCCCCGAAAUCGUCAAGGAUGAGCGGUACUCCAAGUCAGUCGAUAUGUGGGCGCUGGGCUGUGUGUUGUACACACUACUCUGCGGUUUCCCACCAUUCUACGAUGAGAGCAUCGAGGUGCUCACAGAGAAGGUGGCUAAGGGCCAAUACACCUUCCUGUCGCCUUGGUGGGACGACAUCUCCAAGUCUGCCCAGGAUCUCAUCAGCCACCUCCUGACGGUGGACCCUGAGAAGAGAUACACGAUUACCGAAUUCCUGGCACACCCUUGGAUCCGAGGAAACGGACCCACCCCCCGUGAGGAGAAGAAGAAGCCCGAGGUGCUCCGAGCCUUUGAUGCGACCAAGUUUGAGGAUUCUGGUAAGCGUUACGACUUCCGAUCUCCCGGCGCCGUCAACCUUCGUGAGGUGUUUGAUGUUGGCUACGCCGUGCACCGCCAAGAGGAGGAGGGAAAGCGGAGGGCUCAGAUCGGUGCCAAGGGUGGCCCCGCAAGAUUCAUUGGAGCUCUCAACGAAGAAGAUGAGGAGGAUGAGGAUGUCAUGCAGAUUGACGGACAAGAUCCCAACGCGGCAGCCAAGCCGAACGCAGCGACCCAGGCUCUGGAGCAGAGCAUGCGAAAAACCAACAUCCGAGACCAAGAACAACACCACGAGACUCGAGGACGGGAGCGUGAACGUACUGAAAGGGGUUACGGUCAACACUCGGCGACUGUGGCUGCAGCAGCCCGGCAACAAGUACGAGACCGGAAUCGCCAGCGUGGCGCUUUCGAACUGAACCUGGAGAACGCCACGCUGUUGGGCAAGAGAAACAAGAAGGUUCCCAUCAUGGGGGCAUAG